AUGGAUGGUUGUGCCUUGGUCUGGUACCAAUGGAUGGCCGACAAUGGCCAACUCUCUUCCUGGGCAGGUUGCCUCCAUGCCCUACAAACCAGGUUCGCGUCCUCACAAUAUGAGGAUCCCACCGGCACCCUGUUCAAAUUGACACAGCGAACCACAGUUCAAGCUUAUCUUUCAGAGUUUGCGGAUGUUGCAAAUCGCGUGGUGGGCCUUCCUCCACAUUUCCUUCUUAGCUGCUUCGUUUCGAGGUUGAAUCCCGACAUUCGCUGCGAGGUCCAGGCGUUGCAACCGUUGACGCUGGUCCAGGCGGCAGGUCUUGUGCGCUUACAGGAGAAGAAGCUCGCAGAGACAAGACGCGCCUUACGCAGUCGCGUGCCUUCUUUUUCCACUUCGACCGUGCCACAAACGCACACCCAGAUUUCGCUCCCUCCCUCACCGAGAGGCCUUCCUGCGCAACUACUUUCGUUGGUACCGUUGAAACGCCUGACACCAGAAGAGCUUGCAUCCCGCAGGGAGCGAGGACUUUGCUUCAAAUGCAAUGAACGAUAUCAUCGCGGCCAUCGUUGCCAGGCUAGGGUAAACCUCCUUAUUGUAGAUGAUGAGGAGCGGUCCACUGAAGAUGCUGUGUCUUUGGGCCUAUCACCCGACCCGCUUGACCCAACUGAUCCGAAUGAAGCCCAAGUUAAUUUACACUCUCUCACGGGUCCGUUAGCUCCAGAAACAUCUUGUUUUUCAGGCUUCGUGGCUUCCAAACAGGUAUUGAUCUUGGUGGAUGGGGGUAGUACCCAUAACUUCAUCCAAGAUGCCAUGCUUGCGGAACUGGGCCUUUCUCCUUGUGACACCACCCCUCUCAAGGUCAUGGUUGGUAAUGGACAAUACCUCCAUUGCAACCAAAUCUGCACCGCAGUUCCGAUAGUCAUUCAGGGCGUUGAAUUCAUCAUUGACCUCCAUGUAUUACCAUUGUGUGGUGCGAACAUAGUGCUAGGGGUGCAGUUCCUACGAUCAUUAGGACCCAUCUUAACAGAUUACACCACUCUAUUAAUGAAAUUCAUGCACCAGGGCCGUACCAUCGGAUUCAAAGGUGAAGACACCUCUACGCUCCAACCCUUCUCUGUCAAUCAAGUUCGAUGCCUAGUUCGAACCGCCGGGGCCAGUGCUUGUUUUCUUCUUUCUGUUACACCAUUAGAACCACCAUCUGCCACCACAUCUCCAUCCACCUACCCUCCAAAAAUUCAUUCUUUAUUGAACAAAUUUGCCUCCUUAUUCCAAUCCCCACAAGCCCUCCCGCCAUCACAUCCCACAGACCACCAUAUCCACUUGGCUCCUAACUCUGAACCCGUUAAUGUUUGCCCAUAUAGGUAUCCAUACUAUCAGAAAGCUGAAAUUGAAUCUCAAGUUAGCUCAAUGUUGCAGAAAGGAAUCAUUAGGCCUAGCACGAGCCCAUUUUCUUCCCCUGUGUUGUUAGUACGCAAGCAUGAUGGUACCUGGAGGUUUUGCGUUGAUUACAGAGCAUUGAAUGCUCUAACGAUCAAGGAUCAUUUUUCGAUACCUACAAUUGAUGAAUUGUUAGACGAAUUAGGGGGUGCAUCCAAGUUUUCAAAGUUGGACUUAUUACAGGGAUACCACCAAAUCCUGAUGUCCAAAGAGGAUAUAAGCAAAACAGCUUUUCGCACACACCAUAGGCACUUUGAAUUUACGGUGAUGCCUUUCGGGCUUUGCAACACCCUUUCCUCUUUUCAAGCCACAAUGAACACCAUCUUUUGCCCCUUCCUUCGUCAAUUCAUUAUUGUAUUUUUUGAUGAUAUCCUUAUUUAUAGUGCUACACUGGAAGAUCAUGUUUUUCAUUUAGAGCAAGCUUUUCAGGUGUUGUUACAGGAGCAGUUCGUCUUGAAGUUAGCCAAAUGCAUAUUUGCCCAACCUCAGGUCAAGUACCUAGGGCAUGUGGUUUCUUCUCGCACGGUCGAGCCAGUGCUAGCCAAGCUUUAG